AUGGCGCUGCAGACGCUGGGCAUCAGUCUGUCGCUGGCCGGCGUCGCCGGGACCGUGCUGGUCUGCGCCCUGCCCAUGUGGAAGGUGACGGCGUUCAUCGGGACGCAGCUGGUGGUCAUGCAGGUGUUCUGGGAGGGUCUGUGGAUGACCUGCGUCAGCGAGUACACGGGGCAGAUGCAGUGCAAGCUGUACGACGCGCUGAUGGACCUGGCGCCGGACCUGCAGGCCGCCCGCGGCCUGGUCUGCAUCAGCCUGGUGCUGGGGGUUCUGGGCUUCCUGCUCUUCCUGCUGGGGGGGCGCUGCACCAACUGCCUGAGCCACCCGCGGGUCAAGGCCCGGGUGGUGCUGGGCUCCGGCGCCGUCUUCUGCCUGGCCGCCCUCAGCGCCGCCGUGGCCGUGUCCUGGACCGCCCACAACGUCAUCGUGGACUUCCAUAACCCCCGCGUCCCCGAGGUACUGAAGAGGGAGCUGGGAGCCGCCAUCUACAUCGGCUUCGUCACCUCUGGGCUGCUGUUCUGUGGGGGGGCCGUCCUGUGCUCCAGCUGCCCCCCGCAGGGGGCACGGUUCCACUCCAGCAGGUACUCACCUGCCAAGACCCCCCCUCACAGAGGCUACGCCAUCAAGAACUACGUCUGA